UAACAGUCAGAAAUGUUUCAGGAGAAAAGAUGUAGAUGUGACCCAACACCCCUUUAUAUGGAAUGGUUGCAUUUUGAACCCGUUCUCUGAAUAGGCAGAGAAAGUGUCCAGAUUAUUCGGGUUAUUACAGAAAAGUAGUAGUAAUAAUUUUGGGAGAAUGGGAUGUUGGAAUUCCUGUGUUUAAGGAUUAAAAUUUAUCACCUGAUUUGCGUUUUGGGAAAUGUAUGGCAGCUUAGCACUUGAAUUUUUAUUAACACUAAGUCAUGUUAUUCCUUAGCACUUUGGUCAAAAAGAAGAAAUAACCACUAACAGCUGAAACAUACAGACUGUCUCUUUCACUCUGGCUAGGCAGGAACAAUGGACACUUCUGAUGGAGAAAGUUUGGAUGUAGCCACCUCCACCACUUCUGAUGAGUUUGAUGUAGUUGUUGGCUAUCUGGAGGAUAUCAUAAUGGAUGAUGAUUUCCAGCUAAUACAGAGGAACUUUUUGGAGAAGCACUACCAGGAGUUUGAUGACUCAGAAGAAAACAAGCUCAUCUAUACGGACAUUUUUAAUGAAUAUAUCUCCUUAGUAGAGAAGUACAUUGAAGAGAAGCUGCUUGAUCGGAUUCGUGGGUUUGAUAUGGUUGCUUUCACAGUGUCAUUGCAACAACACAAAGAUGAAAUGCCAGGUGAUAUAUUUGAUCUGCUUCUCACAUUUACAGACUUUCUGGCUUUCAAAGAAAUGUUCUUGGCAUACAGAGCUGAAAAAGAAGGUCGAAGUCUGGAUUUAAGCAGUGCGUUAGUGGUGACUUCAUUAAACCAUUAAACACGUCA